CCGGCGGGGACUGCGGGGCUGGCGUGGUGGGACGCGGCCGCCCGAGCGCGGGACCAGUCCACUAUGCCCCCCAAAUAUGACUCGUUGAGUCAAGACGAGCUACGCAAAAGGCUGUACCAGACGUUUAAGGACCGGGGUAUACUGGACACGCUCAAGACACAGCUGAGAAAGAAUCUCAUCCACGAGUUGAUGCACCCGGUACUGAGCGGAGACAUGCAGCCCGCGUCCAUCCCGGUGGAAGGGAGCGCCCUCUUGAUAGGCGCUUCCAACUCCCUGGUGGCGGAUCACUUGCAAAGAUGUGGCUAUGAGUAUUCACUUUCGGUGUUCUUUCCAGAGAGUGGCUUGGCAGAAGAAAAGGUAUUUACUAUGCAAGAUCUAUUACAACUCAUUAAAAUUAAGCCGGAAUCCAGUCUCUACAAAUCACUGGUUUCAGGAUUUGAUAAAGAAAACAAAAAAGGUUUUCUCGUGGAGUUUUUAAAAGAAAUGGCACAAUAUCAUCAGGCAAAAGAGACUUGUGACAUGGACACUCAGACAAGUCCGAUGUUUCCUAGCAAAGACUCUCUUGCUGAGAAGUUUCAACAUAUUGACGAUCAGUUUGCGGGUGCUUACCCUCAGCAUCCAAAGUUAGACUCUUUAGAAAUGAAGUUAAAUGAAUAUAAGAGGGAAAUAGAACAGCAGCUUCAAGCAGAAAUGCAUGAAAGGUUGAAGCAUUUUAAAAAUACUGAAAUAGUAAAAAUUAAAAUGGAAGAAAAAAGAAAGUCUGAGAAGGAAUUGGCGAAGUUCUGGAAUGAUGUUGAGAGAACUUGUCAAGCAAAAUCUGAAGCCCUCCUUUCUCGGGAAAAGAUGUCCCUUGAGAGAAUUCAAAAGCACCAGGAGAUGGAAACAAAAGAAAUUUAUACUCAAAGGCAGCUUCUACUGAAGGAUAUCGAUUUGGUAAGAGGCAGAGAAGAAGAGCUGAAGCAAAGAAUUGAAGCUUUUGAUAUGGCUCAGAGGCUACAGCAAGAGAAAAAUAAAAGCAUGGCUGAUGCACUUAGGAGACGGGAGCUGAAUAUAAAGAGCAUGGAGGAGACCUAUGACCAGAAGCUCAAGAGUGAAAUUCUAAAGUUUCAACUUGAGCUAAAGGACGACUACAUUGCCAGAACUAACAGGCUGGUUGAAGAAGAAAGGAAGAAUAAAGAAAAAGCUAUACUUUUGCAAGAGCAGCUCAUAGCUGUUAAUUCAAAAAGGGAAGAACUCUAUCAUUCUGCAAAUCGUGUGAAAGAACUUGAGCUGGAGCUCGAGUCUCUCAAGGCCCAGUCCUUGGCAAUAACAAGGCAGAACCACCUGCUGAAUGAAAAGAUAAGAGAGAUGAGUGACUAUUUACUUCUAAAGCAAGAGAAACUGGAGCUUCAGGCACAAAAUAAAUUACUUAAACAACAACUGGAAGAAAGCAGAAAUGAAAACUUGCGUCUCUUAAACCGCAUAGCUCAGCCAUCUCCUGAACUGAUAAAUUUUCAGAAACAGUUAAAGAAAGCAGAAACUGCUAUUGUGUUAGGGCAUCAGGAGUUUGAAACCCACAAGGAAGCUCUGCACCAACAGCUGCAGAACGAAAUUGAGCAUUCUGCAAAGCUGAAGGCCCAGAUAUUAGAUUAUGAUGCCUCUGUAAAGAGGUUAAGUAUGCAGGUGGCUGAUUUAAAAUUGCAACUGAAACAAACUCAGACAGCCCUAGAGAAUGAAGUGUACCGCAACCCAAAGACGUCUCUGUUACGUUGCUCUGCCAAUGGGUUCCAGGUGUUUCCUAGUGGUGAAAUAAGUGGGGAUUUCUUGAAAAAUCUUGAAAAGGAAAAGCUGAUGGCAGACACAGCGGUACCAAGGAUUAGAAAUUAUCCAUAUGCAAGCACGGAUGGUAGCUCCCCCGAUUCUGACCUUGAGUUUGUAGCCAACACCAAGGCAAGAAUGAAAGAGCUGGAGCACGAGGCCGAAUGCUUAGAGAAAGCUUUCCUAGAUUACCGUCAGAGAGUGAGUCAGUACCCCACCGCUAGAAGCCCACUGGCAUCCAAAAGUCUGCCACCCCUGCACUUGCAAGGACCUCUCAGGAACAUCAUUUCAGGUUCCUCCGAAAGACGCAUUUUUGCAGAGGAAGAAGCUGUGCCCAGGCAGCCUCUGGCGGACAACGUGGCAGAAGUGCUGGGGAGCGCAGCCUCGUGGCUCGGCAGAGACCCUGCCAGACGCCUCUCCUCCACUCCCCUUGCUAAGCGAAGCCUUGACGGUGAAAUACAGCUGGAAGGUCUAGGCCAAUCCCACAUUGCUGCCCACAGUCCUUAUCCUGAAAGAAUGCUCCAGGCUUCACCAACUGAGUCUCGGCACCGCCUUUCCACCCAUUCAUUCUCCAGCCCUCUGGAGCAGAAGGCCAGUCUUUAUGGGAGACAAACUGAACUUCAAGACAGAGAUGGAGUUUCAAAUGUGGACAGCCUAUCCUUGAAGGGUAAUGAGGAAUUGGAAUCAUCUUCUGAAUAUGCAGGGGACAUGUCAAUGCAGUUUGAAGUGAGUGGUCUCCGUCCUGCUGGCGACAUGCCUCACUUGGACGCUGCUGCGGCCACUCUUCCUGUCUCUUCUCACUACGCAAGUGCAGAUGAGAAAGAAAUUGGAGAAGAGAGUGAGGAAGAAAGGAUUUGGAACCUGCUGAAGGAACAAAAGCACAGAGAAGAAAGAAGGAAGAGUGAGCAAGAAGCUUCAGAAAGGGAAUGGAGAGAACUAGAAAAGCUGGAUCAAGAAAGGCGAUUGAUUAAAGAGUCUUUGAAGACUGAGAUGGAGAAAGAAGUGAGUGUUCAAGAAAUGGAAGACAAAUCUGUUUGUGGAGAAAAUCCUUUGGAGAAGUACAUGAAAAUCAUCCAGGAGGACCGAGACCUGAAGAUGGCAGAUAAGAGCUCAGUGAAGAGUGUCAGAGAAGGUUCACAAGUGGACACGCUGCCCUCUAGUGACAAAGAUGAAAGUUUCCCAGGCCUUUCUCAUGAAGAACCAGAUGAUUUUUGGUAACCACGUAUGCUGCCAGCUUCUUUCUCAUGUAACACAAUGAAAGGCCUCUGCGUUCUCUGUAAUAAGACAGAAUUUUCAAUAAAGGUUGUUUGUUUAAUCCA